CAGCACAACAACAACAGCAAAUGGGCUGUGAAGCCCAAUUCUGAGUCAGUCGUCAGUGAGCAAGCAGUAUAAAAGAAAAAAAAUCUAUUUUCACUUUAUUUAUUAUUAUUAUUAUUUUUUUCAAUACCUAAAAAAAAAUUUUAAAAAAAUCUGAGCUUUGUUGUUAAAUCACUUCCUCAGAGCCCACAAAGAAGUUUGCUUGCGUCUCUUCAGUUUCUUGGCUUCUGGGUAGGACACCACAAUCCGAGCAGCUUCUGCAAUCUCAAUAUGAGUCUGCACUAGACAUGUCCAAUGUCUGCCAUUCCCUGUUUCAACCAUAUGCUGUUCUUACGAUGAAAAGAGGAACUAGAAUGGGGAGGGGUUUAGAUUGUUGAACUCCAAAAAUCACCUUCCUUUUCCCUGAUCUUUGCAUCUUGUAAUCCGUAUAUGGGAUUAAUGCAUAUUGAACAUCUUCUAGCUGUAUGGAUGGCUGCUUGAACCUUUGAGUUGGUACAGAGAUGGCUUGUCCAAAUACAUCAACAUCGAAUGUGACUUCAGAAUCCUCUGAGCAAAGAGAACAUCUGACAGAUUCUAAGACAAACAUGCUUCUGCCACCACUGAACCAGCCAAGCCGGAGCUCCUCUGAUGGUCCUGUAGCCAUUCUUUGGGAUAUUGAAAACUGCCCUGUCCCAAGUGAUGUUCGCCCUGAAGAUGUAGCCGGUAAUAUCAGAAUGGCUUUGCGGGUGCAUCCAGUAAUCAAAGGAGCUGUUAUGUUGUUUUCUGCCUAUGGGGACUUUAAUGCCUUCCCCAGGCGAGUCCGAGAGGGUUGCCAGAGAACUGGUGUCAAACUCAUUGAUGUUCCAAAUGGAAGAAAGGAUGCUGCUGACAAGGCUAUCUUGGUUGAUAUGUUUCUUUUUGCCCUUGACAACCCUCCCCCUUCUUCGAUCAUGUUGAUUUCUGGGGAUGUUGAUUUUGCUCCCGCACUUCAUAUACUUGGUCAACGUGGAUAUACAGUGAUUCUUGUUAUCCCUUCUGGGGUGGGUGUUUCAUCUGCUCUCAGCAACGCUGGUAAGUUUGUCUGGGACUGGCCUAGUGUGGCUCGUGGAGAAGGCUUUGUGCCCCCUGCUAGAGCUCUAGUGCCUCCUCGAGGAGGACCAGCUGACUUCACUGGGUAUCUCAUGGGAUGCCAUAUCAAUGACUACCUAGAUUGCCAAAAUGAAGAAGAAGCUAUUGUAUAUAGGGGCAUCUCACAAAGCUAUUACAACUCAAAAGAUUUUUCAAUAGUGUCAAAAUCACUAUCAGAAUACAAUAGUGGUUCUUUGAUGAUGCCUUGUUAUCCUGCAGCUCUGAGGUCACAAAGUCUGCCUUCUGGCUUGAAUGAAGUUUCAGCAGGAUCUGUUAUGCCCAAUGAUAUUAAUGAUUCUAUUUUAUGGGUACAGCCUGGGGAUUUAAAUGGGCUAAGGGGGCAGAUUGUAAAGUUGCUCGAACUUUCAGGAGGUUGCCUGCCUCUUACUCGAGUUCCUGCCGAGUAUCAGAAAGUUUUUGGGAGAUCUCUUUAUGUAUCAGAAUAUGGUGCAUCCAAGCUUGUACAUCUCUUCAAGAAGAUGGGUGACACAGUAGCUGUAGAUGGUAAAGGCCAUAAGAAAUUUGUCUACCUAAGAAACUGGAAAGUAGGCCCAAGUGCACCACCAUUGAUUUUGUCUAGGAAGGAUAAUAGGAAAGGGAAAGGGACUCAGGAAGAGUGCAUUGAUGUUGUCACAGCUAAUGGCUCAUCAGAUGAGUUCUCAGACGAGGAAAGGGUAGUCAUUGAAGAACCUGAUGAGAGGAGGAAUAAAGGAAAGCCUAAUCUGGGAACAGCAGGUCAAUUCGAAGUUGACAAUUGUGGUCUUGAGCAGUUUAAACAUGAGCUACAAGAGAUUCUAGUAAGCUAUUCUUGUCGGAUUUUCUUGGGUUGUUUUGAAGCAAUAUACGAGCAAAGGUACAAGAAAUCCUUGGACUAUAGAAAGUUUGGUGUGGAUCGACUAGAGGAGUUGUUUGAGAAAGUUAACGAUGUUGUGAUAGUGCAUGAAGAACCAGUGAGCAAGCGGAAGUUUUUGGCUGCAGUUGGUUGCUAAGAAUCAGGUGCUUGCCAUUUCUUGUAACCUUGUGAUGUUUUUAGCUUAAAUGUAGCCCAAACGGUCGAGCAUGCUUAAGGUCGACCAGCCCCUCUCUCUCUCUCUCUCUCUCUCUCUCUCUCCAUUAAUGCGUUUCUUUCUCAAGAGUCUUUUAUGAUGUUCCACAAAACAAUUAAAGAUGAGGCUGGGAGCGCGCCUUUUUUUUUUUUUUUUUUUUUUUUUUUUUUUUUUUUGUGAAUGUGUUUUGCAUGGACUUGAAUAUUAUUGAGAUUUCCAUGUAAGACUCAUACCCGGGCCCUGUAAGUGUAACUGAUCGUCUGCUAAUGUCAGAUUUCUAUGUAAAUUAACUUGCAUUUUUAUUUUUCUUUCACAAUAAAUCAUAGUUUGUAGAAAUUCUACGUGCU